GCCGAAGGGACGGAAAAAGUUAAAUUUUCCGAAGGGAAAAAAAAAGGUAAAGAAACCUAAGAGCAUCAUUUCUGCUUCCUCUUCUCCCCUUCUCUCCCGUCAACCCUCCCGUGCAGUUCUUCUCCAGCAGGGGCCAACGAGUCUCCGACGGCGACGGUGUAGACAACGACGUGGGCAUCCUUUUCUUUGGCAGCCUCUGACCAUGCGCGAAUGUGAGCUUUGGUGAAUCGUCCUUGCACAACCUCACCAACGAGCAGCCCCAACGACCUGUCCUUGCGUAUCACACCCACGCAUUCACGUGCGAUUGUCGACGAUACCAGGUUCCUCUCCUUUUUGACGAGUUUCGGCAUUGACCCACACUUCGAUUGCCCUCAAAUCAGUUUACCCACAAUUUAUAAGGCUCAGAUUUGCAAGUUUGGAUGCUUUCGAACACCAACCAGCAUGGCUUGGAGCUUUUUCAAUAAGAUUCCAUGAAAGGAAGUGAAGUUGGGCGUUCUAGUGCAGGACAUCAAAUGAUGUUUCUCUUAGGAUUGGAUAGUUUGACUUAGAAAUUGUUAGUAAUAAGUUGCUUUUGUUGAAGUGUGUAAGUUGUAAAAGUUUCUAAUUGUUAUGCCUUUUGGAUUUUUGUUAUAAUAAUUGUAUUGGAAAAUACAGAUUGUUACAUUAAAUUUCUCAGAUCUCAAUUUCUCUCUCAGCACAGUCAGGACUCUCAACUAUUCUUUACUGUGAGGGCUUGCUCCAAACCUUUUCCCCUUUGGCAUUAUUUCGGGAAAAUACAGUGUGAAUAUGGACGAAGACAUGAAAGUUUCUCUUGACAAGCUUCCCGUCAAGCGCUUGGAGGCCAUAGAGGAGACCGGUCUCGAACGAUUUCCAUUAGAUGUUGGUUAUGAAGAGAAACGGUUGUCACUUAUUCGGAGAAUUGACUUUGCUUGGGCAAUAGAGAAGGACGAUGACAAAAAGAAGCAGAAGAAGAGCUCCAAGGAGAGUUCAACACCGUGGCAAUGGCAGAACAUGAUAGAAAACUUGCAGUUGGCUCAUCAAGAGCUCUCUGUUAUCAUAGACCUUAUCAACACCGUGGAAGCUAACGAUGCAGUAACAGUGGCUGGGAUGACAAGGCCAAAACCAUUACCUAAUGAAGUUUUAUCAGAUCUUGGAGUGUCUGUAGCAACGAAACUACAAUGCUUUCGGCAUCUUGGUAAAUAUUUCAAGCAGUCAGCUAAAGGUUUGGAACGACAGAUUGCAAGGGAAGCGAGAUUUUAUGGUGCUUUAAUUCGAUUGCAGCAAAAUUGGAAGGUUAAAAGGCAGCGAGUGGCUGCUCCAGCUCCUGCAAAUGAAGGCUUUACCAUCGAUUUAUUUGACAAUUCAUCGUGUGAUCCUUCGUCUGUGUUUCGACCAUCUUCAUCUACUAUUCGUGUUGAACAUGAUUCGUCUGGAAUGCUGGCAAUUAAUUUACCGCCAAAUUCAUGCCACUCCCUUCGUUUUGGAUUUCUCAGUGGAUGUAAUGUGGAAAAUCCUCUGGAGCGUGGAAAAAAUGAGUCUACAAAUUCUUCCAAUCAGUCUUCAAUAAACAGGGAGAAGGAAUUUACGAAUGAUGAUGAGUACAUUAAGGAAACAAACUCACUUCUCCGUCAAGUUCACCAUGCCAUUUUCAGUGAGCAGGUGUUUGAUUUGGUGAAUCGUGAAGCAUUCAAUCCAUCCUUAGGUAUCAACGUGACUGGCAUACGAGAAAAUUACUUGCAAUUAAGUAUAGAUCAGGGUACCUCGGUCUUGAUCUCUCUUGUGCCAUCUGGUCAAAGUUGCCAAACAGUUGAAGGUGCAAAUACCGGGAUUCUGGAUAAUGCAAAUUUACCUUUUGAUUCGCUUGAUGGGAUUGAAUUACCAGAUAGAAGUGAUCCCUUUGAAAAGAAAUUGCGGAAUCCUAAUCACAUAACCUUUGAGAUAUAUCUGCAACAAAUUUUCCAUGAGCUAGUGUUUGUAAGAUCAAAUGAUAGACCAUCAGCGUUAAGCAGGCAAUCAGGUCAAGCUGCUAAUGAUGGGUCUGGACUUCUUGGUCAUUUCUGUUUAUCUCUGGCGCACAGAAUGUUUGCAAACAAUGUUCUCAUGGAGCUUGAAAAUGUGGUUUGGAAAGUCCCAUUUCUUCAGUUGAUAUCUCAUCCCACUUGGAAUUCUCGAAAAUCAUCAUGGACAUUUUUUAUGGAAGUUCCUCGAUCCAUACUUCAUCCUAAUAGCAUCCAGGCUCAUACAUCAGACAAUCAUCAGAUGAAUAAUAUAACCAAAUCACAAUUUCUGACUAAAGUAGUUGUGAAUGAUGAUUGCAUUACUAUCGAAGGGGAAGGUGCACCUAAUGUCGUUGGCUUGUUCAAUGGAAAUUCCAAGGAUAUCCAUUCGAUGAAUAGAUAUGGUUGUGACUUGGCUGAUCUUCCCGUUAUAAUUCUGUUGCAGGUUGCGAGCCAAAUUAUUCUUUGGCUUCAUGAGGAAGCUCUAACUUGGGGAAUAAAGGCCAACCGUGACUUCCUAAGUCUGUCAUUUGAACUAGAACAAGGUGAAAUACUCCGUCUGGUAGCCCAUGUAGACCCAGAUGAUCCUCAAGGAUGCCUUUCUUGGUGGUUGGUAAUGGACGAUGGUCUGAUGGAGGACAAGAAACUUCAUUUUGACAGUUCAGAUGUUAUACCUGAAUACAGGAAGUUUUUGGGCCAUUUAUCUCUAGAAGUUUUGCAUUCAACACUAAUGGAUUUAGUUAGUUUGUGCAGUGGAGUUGGUAGUAGCCUAUAACCAUGCUUUUCUUGUCUGAUAUUACAAAUAGAAAUUGCAUUAAGUUCCUGUAAUUUCUGCCUCUUGUUUUUCUAAUCUAAUGAUAUCUUCAGUUUUUGUCUGCAUUGCUUACUCAACAUCAUGUAUUAUUUAUAAACUAUGCAAAAAUAGUGAAUGUAGGGCCAUGGAUGGCUGGAA